UCGAUGAUUUUACCGGUCGAAAGUGGAGUAUAUCUUUGUUUUGUAUUUUGUACAUAAAUAACAAACACACUUUUUAAACUAAAUAUGCCUCAAACUUUUCAAGUGCUGCGGUGUUACAAAUGCGAGGUGUUCCAAGUACAUCCAACUAAGAAAGCUAACAAAUGGAAGUGUAAACUAUGUAAUGAGAAACAAUCUACUAAACGGUUUUAUGGUUUGGGCACAGGCAAAGAGUGCCGGUUACAUGUCCAGAAACUCAAUGGGAUCAGAGGUGACAUUGAUGCGCGUAGUUACGAGUAUGAAUCUGAUGCCAGUAGCCCCAGUCAUAUAACAGAAGGCCCAGAAUCUGAACCAAAUGAAAUUACACAUUGUUCAGUUGCCAAGAAAAGUAAAUGGCUGGAUUAUGUAGACAAUCAGGAAAACUCAUUUACUGACGAAAAUGAAAUAACGAUGUUAAACAAUACUGAAGUUGUAUUGGAAUUACCAAAAAAGCUUCCAAGGAAAUCCUAUAAAAUGACUAGAGUGCAGAGUAAGUUUGAAACUGAAACUUUAAAACCUUCAACAUUAUCAAAUGAUUAUAAAAUGAGUAAUGAGAUAACAUCCGAGGAUAAAGCCAAAUCAUUUAUUAAUACUGACACGGCUGAUACAUUCCAUGGUGUACCAAAACCUCCAAAAAUUACUAAUUCCAAAUGGGCAAAAUUUGUAGAAUACCCACUAACCCAAAAUUCAGAGGAUGAACAUAAAGAGAUUCCAAUUACAGAUAACAAUAGCCUACUUUCUGUCAAGUCUCUCAACUCUAUGUUUCCAUUACUGGAAGAUGAGGAACUUGAUUCGGUACUGGAUCUGUAGUACAACAUACUUUAAUAUCUUGUAAGAACAGUUUUGCAUUUUGAUACAGGAUCAAUAAAGAAACAUAGUGUAA